UCCCGGGGAGGCGCUGGUCUUUAGUGUGAGGUUGUCAGUCAGUCAGUGAGUGCAGCGUAGCCAUGGCGCGGUGUUUGCACCUUCUAUCCUUGCUCGGGCUGCUCUCCCUGCCCUACGCUCUGGCAGACACUCCGGCCAACUGCUCUUACGAGGACUUGUUGGGGACGUGGGUGUUCCACGUUGGGCAGCAAGGGCAGGACAGAAAUGUUGAUUGUUCCAAGAUGGGUCCUACAGUAAAAUCAGUGACUGUACAUCUCCAGAAGCUUUAUAUUGUUGAAAGUGAACAUGGAGUGUUUGGUUUCUUUACAUUGAUUUACAACCAAGGUUUUGAAGUGGUCCUUAAUAAUUACAAAUGGUUUGCAUUUUUUAAGUACAAGAAAGAAGGCACGAAUAUAACUAGCUAUUGUCAUGAAACACUGCCGGGAUCGGUACAUGAUGAGUUGGGUCGAAACUGGGCUUGCUUUGUUGGCAAGAAGAACUCCAAGGCUGUAAGAAUUAACAAAGUUCACUCAGCUAAAGACUUGUUACGCCUGUCACAGAGACCAUACAAGUCUAACGUGAAUUUUGUGAACACAAUAAACGCAGUGCAGAAGUCUUGGACUGCAAAGGUUUAUGAAGAGUAUGAAAAAUUAACCAUUCGCGACAUGAUUAAACGUGCUGGUGGUCUUGGCUCGCGCAUUCCUAGCCGUCCAAAACCAAAGCCUGCAUUGGAGAAAGUACAAAAGCUUGCGGAUUCUCUGCCAGAAUCAUGGGACUGGAGGAAUGUAGAUGGAGUCAAUUAUGUUAGUCCAGUUCGAAAUCAAGGUGCAUGUGGAAGUUGUUAUUCUUUUUCUUCUAUGGGGAUGCUCGAAGCUCGCAUUCGUAUUCUGACAAGCAACACGCAAACUCCAAUCCUCAGCCCUCAGCAGAUAGUAUCCUGCAGCAAUUAUUCACAAGGAUGUUUAGGAGGAUUUCCAUAUUUGAUUGCCGGGAAGUAUGCCCAAGAUUUUGGUGUGGUUGAAGAAGAUUGCUUUCCUUACACAGGAAGAGAUGAUCCUUGCAUCAUGAAAAGCUCUUGCUACCGCUACUAUACUCCUCAGUAUUAUUAUGUUGGUGGAUUUUAUGGUGCUUGCAGCGAAGCAGCAAUGAAAGUGGAGCUGGUUAAAAAUGGCCCUGUAUCCGUUGCUUUUGAAGUUUACAAUGACUUUAUGAAUUAUCACGGAGGAAUCUAUCACUAUACAGGGUUGGGUGAUCGGUUCAACCCCUUUGAGCUUACUAAUCAUGCAGUGUUGCUUGUGGGCUAUGGCAGGGACCCACAAACAAAGGAAAAAUAUUGGAUUGUUAAGAACAGCUGGGGUAGUGAUUGGGGAGAAUAUGGUUACUUCCGCAUCCGUCGUAGCACCAAUGAAUGUGCAAUUGAAAGCAUAGCUGUCGCAGCAAUCCCAAUCCCAAAACUUUAGAGGAAUAAACACGUUUGCUAAAAGCCAAAAUGUAAAAACAGCUAUGAUAUUUGAUUUUUCAUAUCUGAUGCUUUCAAAAUUAUCUGAAUCUUAAAUAUCGCUUUGAAAAAUCCUUGGCUGUCAAAAAUGUUCCAUUUUGACACUCGUCCUUAUGUCAAGGUUAGAUGUUAUUGUUGAUAAAAUGCUUUGAAUCAACGACUUAGUUUUUGAAUCCGAGUGCAAUGAUUUUGCUUUUUGGAAUAUCAUUUUAUAAUGAAUGGUAUGUUAUCCAAAUUACUUUUAAACUUUCUUAAUAUAGCAGUACACUAAAGGUUGGAUAUUGGCCUUCAAAUCAUAUUUGUAUUCCAAAAAGUUUUUUUUCAUAAUCUGAAUUGAGACAUAAUUGUUAAAAUGUCUUGUACUUGUAUAAGUACAAGUUGUUUAAUCUAUGCAGUAUAUGUUGAAAAUUAUUUAAAUUAUCAUUUACAUGCAUGUUAUCACCUUAAAAUUAAAUGAGCUGAAAAUGGCUAAUUGUGGAACCAAUUAUGAUAUUCAAAAUUAUAAAAAAUUAUUGCCUUAAAUCACUGAUCCAAAUAAUUUCCUCUUCUGGCUUUUAAUAGGAUGGAUUUAGUAUGGAUGCAUCUGCCAAUGCCACUUUUUAAAAUGGACUCGUAUAGUUUUCUAUCAAUUUUGAAGGAUGUAUUAGGCUUUAUUUAAAUAUAGCAUGGGUCAUGGUAACAGGAUGUUUUUUUGAAGUUACUUAUGAUGUUAUACCUUGCUGGACAAGAGUCUGAAUGUAUACAUAUAAAGAAUUAAUAUCCCAUGUAUGUACUUUGUUUUGCAAUUUGUUGUCAUCAAUGAUGCUUGAAUAUUUUGCCAAAGGUUUCUUAUUAAAAUCUGAUCAUUACCCGGUGA